CAUUGCCAUCAUCAUUGCCAUCAUCAUUGCCAUCAUCAUUGCCAGCAUUUAUUUGCUUGCUAGCUAGCUUUGCCUUUGCGUCUUUGUGACAAUGGACUUUGAGGAAGUUGACGAAAUGGAGACAGAGGAGGAAGACAUGGACACCACAAAGGUUGGCGACCGUCCCUUCAACACAAAAGAGAUAGUCAACAACUACAUCAUCAGCUGCAUUCCACUGGACGCCGUCAAGUUCACCAAUGAUGCUGCCUACGACUACAUUGUCCUGUGCCUUGACCAAGAUUUCUCGUCAAAAGACUUCAAUGGGAGCGUCCUCCCUGAAUAUGGUCUGAAAAGCUACCGGUCGGUCAAGCAGCGACACAUGAAGAUGACCCCUAAUGAUCAGAGCAAAUUCGAUCAACAGUUGCUAGCGGCAUUGGAGGACCAUGCGGACAACCCUGAUCGCCAACAACUCCAAGAUGUGGUCGAUCAGUGCCGAUGUGAUUUGUUCUAUGCGCAAGAGAAGCCACGGAACGGAGGUGUUCCCAAAUCCUGGCCAAUUCCCAAGCCAUUGGCGGAUUUGUACCAUAUGGUUGUGGAAAUCCAAGAAGUCUGCGGCUUCGGGACCCGAGAUGAGUUGAUGAAUUUUGUUGGCUCGAACUUCUAUUUCAACCGGAAGCUGCUGAAUAAAAUUCCCUUCCUUCGUGGGGAUCCUGGCGAAAAUGCGCCACUCCCAGCUUUGGCGCUCGUACCAGCCUCACAACAUGGGGGCUCAUUGGUCCCUCACCAACAACCACCGGCAGCAGCAUAUGGAGGCUCCUUGGUUGCUCACCAACCAGCAACAUUGGGGCCCGGGACCUUUGCAGGGCUUUCAGCCCUGACAAACUUGAAUCUCACCAUCCAUAAUGAUACAAUCAACCACAAUGCUGCCCCGGCGGCGUCUGGAUCAGGAGCAGGAAUCGACAGCAGUUCGGCCAAUGCCUUCAUGGAAAAACAGCUCGCCUUCAAUGAAAGACUGGAAGCCAAACUGGAUGCCAACAAUGCCAAAACGCUCAAGGAAUUAGAGCAGAUCGCAGUCAACACUACUGGCAAGAAGGCGGAACGACCUCGUCAGGUGGCAGAGAACAUCUUGCAUGCGGCCAAGACCAACCGUCGUAAUCUUGAAGGCGAUUUCCUCGAGGCUCAGAAGGAGAACGAGGCUCAGAAGGAGAACACUGGCCGCCGCCCGGUGGUACAGUUCGAGGAGGACACCAAGGUAGCUGGUACCCCCAAGAAGGCGGCAAGCGCCACACCAGCAAUGGCUGUCCCCAACACCCCAAAGGUCCCCAACACCCCCAAGACGGUCACGGAGAACGACGGGGAGUUCAGCGAGGCGACCACGCCAUCGGCCAAGGAGGUCCCAGAUGUUGUGCCGGUCUUGUCGGGCUCGACGGAAUCACCUUCUGGUGGUUCUGGCAGCAGUGGAUCCUUCCACAGUGCAGCUGAGACCGUUUUUUUGCGUACUCCCAAGGAAGACGAAUCGUCGGAAGGAUCUGCGGCCGGUUCUCCAAUUGCCUCCCCAGCAAAGAGCAAGGCGAAGACGCCUGCUGGCGGCCGCAUUGCUGGGUUCUUUGGCAGCUUGUGGUCGGGCAAGAAGAAGGGAUCGCCUCCUUCCGCUGCCAUCGAAUUCGAUGGGUCUCCCUUGAUUGGGAAGGGAAAGGUCCGAACUUCGGAUGCUGCAUCGGAUAUCACCAGCCCCACUGGUGCCCGUCGCACAUCUGGCGCCUCGGAGCUGAGCUCCAUUGUGGGCUCUCCACCAAAAGUGGACAUUCUUGCAUCAGGUGGCCAUCGCGAUUCGGAUGUGGGCUUGCCACCCAAAGUGGCUUCGAGUGGGACUCCUGCAAUUGAGGAAAAGAAAAAGGGGGACCACCGUGGCAAUACAUUGUUGGUCCCAGAGACUGGAGGCUUGUUCGCCUCCCCAAGUCAGCCCAUGAAGGAUCCUCUGGCUGCCCCGGAGGAAACGAUGAAAGUCCAAGACAAGGGGCCCUUGCUGGAAUUGCCGGAACCUGGUGUUGUGAGCAAGUUGAUGAGUGGGACUCACACUGGCGAUGCUAUCGACUUCACCGCGAUGGUGUCAGAGCUUGAUGAUUUUGUGGCGGUUCCUGGAAAGGACGAGGAGGAAGAAGUUGAGGAGGAAGAAGUUGUGAGCCACGCCAAGGAUGACCCCUUGGAGCGCCCUCCUCCUCCGGGCGACUUUGUGCUGCAGCCACGCCACCAGAAAAUUGGUGUAGGUGCCAUUGUCAUGAUCACCUCACAGGACUUCAAAGGCAAGUAUGGCUUGGUACUCGAAAAAUCCCCUAGAGGAUGGAGAGUCUGCGUGCUCAACAAGAUCAACAAGGAGGACGGUCCGACUGGUUCUGGCUACUUUGAAAAGGGCGACGUUGAGACAAAGAAGAGUCCAAAAAGUUUGACGUUGCAAUGGUUGCUCCAAGACAUAAUGCUUCGCAAGGAUGAGCCCAACAAUGAGUCUGAUGAUGAGCUCAUGGACCCAGAACCGGAAGAUGCAGGUUGUUUGCCACUGUCCACUCUCCGCUCCCGCCGCCUUUCCAAAAAGAAUCUGGACAAGAAGAAUAAGAAUCCUCAGGAGUAGUUCCCCAGUGCUGCACUCCCUUCCUACAGAACAGGACGCAACCAAACCGAAUAAACAAACUGAGGGCAUGGGAGGGAAAUGGGUAUCGUAGAAAUAAAUGAAUAAGAACAGAUAAAUGGAAACCCUAAGAACUGGUGCUUGUUAUCUAG